UUUCGUAGCCAUGUCUUCUCUAUUACACACCCUUUAAGGUUUUGUUUGUAGGUAGUCGUUUUCCUGCGAUUGCUGAGCGUUGAAUACACCGCAUAUUAUGUUUCAGUUUUUUAUUAUCAACGCAUAUCAGCACGUGUUGUUUCGUUUUAGAAGCGAUGAAGCCAACAGCGACGAUCUAUUGCAACUGUUUCAAUAAUAUUUGAAUCAUUCUCCAAUAGUGAAACGUGCUGUAUCAAUUGUUUGUAAUGCGUAACAAUAAAACCAUUUGUUUGUUAAACACACUGCGCUACCUUAUAUAGAUUAGUUAUGAUCAACCGCACACGUUUAGUAAUCGACUAGCCAUGUGGCUGCUAUUACUAGUUCUGCCACUGGUCAACCAGUUGGUGGCAGGAUAUACAACAGUCGAGAAUCCACCAACAGCAGCGACUUGUGAUAAGUGCGGCGUUAACGAAGAAAUUCGUGAAGUUUUACCGUGCUGUGAGCCGACUUGUGAUAACGAUUGCUCUAGGACGGAUUGCGGUAAAAACCCCAUUUUUGUCCAGUAUUGCGUAUGCCAAUCCGGGUUUGUUCGACACAAUGGAACAUGCAUUUGUCCUUCACAGUGUCCCGCAACCAAACAACCCACGCGUUCAUGUCCACCGAACGAGGAGCUUCAGCUUACACCACCGUGCUGCGAACCAACCUGUGGAAAAAACUGCUCUAAGGAGUGUCGAGUGGAGCUGGUCAAUCAACCGACAUGUGUUUGCCUGCCGGGUUACGUACGACACGAGGGCAGCUGUAUCAAAUCAGAUCAGUGUCCAACGUGUGGUCCAUACGCGAGGUAUAGCGAUUGCACGCCCUGCUGCGAAUCCACCUGUUCCAUGGACUGUUCCGUAGUGCUAUGUCUGGCAGGAUGUACGGGGCCUCCGACCUGUCUGUGCCAAACGGGGUACGUCAAGCACAACGGGGUUUGCAUCAAAAGGGAGCUGUGUCCCAGAGAGGCCACCACAAGUGAGCCGCCAGUAUUCAGUGAUAAACAUAAUAGUAAUAGUGAUGGGGCAGGUGCCCCGUUUGUGAGAUACUCAAGAAAAGUGUACAAAUGAAAAAUAAAUAGUUUAGUUAUUUAU